AUGGUGUUGCUAACGGACUACAAUCUGCUGAUCGAGUCGAUUUAUUCGCACCGGUCGGAGUGCGUGCUGGCCCACCUCCAGAGCGGAUGCUUCUUCGAGACCGACCUUCGUGGCCUGUUCCGAGGUGACGAAGUGGGCGUCGACCGCCGCAUCAAGCGGCAUCUGUCCGCGCCGUGCAUAUUUCCAUCGGUUCAAUCCGUAAUCCCGGCCUACGCGCGUACUACUGCGCUGUCUGUCUGCCGGGAUUCCUGCGCGGGUGUAUACCACGACCUCGAGACAGGAAAAUGCAUCAGCCGCAUAUCGCGGUCGGUGUACUCCAACCGUGUGCCGAGCGGGAUCACGGAUCUGGGCGGAACGUGCACGCAUCUGGCCUCCGCGACGGACAGCAGCAGCCCCCUGGUUUUCCUCUCCACCGCUCUGGGGGACAUCAACGUGAUUGACUUGCGCGUCGGAGUGAAAGGCGAAUUCGGGCACCCGGUGAUGUCACUGAGCCGAUGCCACUCAGGGGCGAUCUCGUGCAUGUACAACUUCCGCGGGUUCAGCUUCAGCCUCGUCUCCGGGGGGUACGAAGACGGUAAACUCAACUUCUUCGACCUGCGCUUCCCGUACGACCACGUCAAGAGCCCCUACGUGGAGCGCCCCAUGCCGCUGCGGUCGUUUGAAAUGCACCUGCGGAACCAGACGAAAUACGUCGACAUGGACGAGACCGACCAGCAGAUUUUGAAGCACAUGAAGCUGGGGCGCCUGACCAGCAUGGCCGUGAGCCACGACGAGCGGCUCAUAGCGCUCGCGAACGGGCAGUCUGAGAUCGUUAUUUGCUCCGCCCACGAGGAUGUGCGGAUUCUCAAGAUGGGCUUCCUGUCCGCCAAGGACGACUACGCCACCUCGAUACAGUUCGGGCCCCACGACAUGGAUCUCUACUGCUCGACGUACGACCUCAUCGCCGGCAUAGAGCGUUGCAAGCGUUACCUGCCGGGCGCCAGCGCGGUUAACUCCGAUGCGCCGUAUCCCCACCCGUACAACUUUGUCAUGUGGCCCAUGCUGAACUUCAUGAGCAACGACUGGGUGACGUCGUCGAUCGAGCAGUUCGGAUACCGUGACGACUUCGAGCUCGUGGAGGACACGCAGACCAGCUCGCUGUUCGGCGCCUCCGCGGGCAUGGUCCCCGCGAGGGGGGACGCCCACGCAGACGUGCGGGACACGGAGGACUCGAAGUCCGACGAUGAAAGGGACCAGCUAUCGCGGCAUUCCAGUGUUGUCGGUGACCACGAGACGCAGGUCGUGUCGGACGAGGAUGAAACGGACGGAGAAAGUGGAGAUGAUUUCAGUUCACCCAUGAGCUUCCUCAACGUGACCAGGGGGCGGGACGCCGAGAUGAGGCACCGGUCAUUCCGCAACCACCGCCCGGGCGUCCUGCACCCGCUCAUAUUCACCAUAUGCAACGACUACGCGGUGUCAACGGGCGGCUGCGAGGCAGGCACGGCGACAGUGGACGUCUGGGACCCGCAAAACCAGCAGCUGAUAUGCUCCGCCAGCACGCCAGAGACGCGCAACGUCCGCUUCGAACACAUCUGCAGCGGAGAUGACGGCGUUGUGCUCUUGAGUGGCACGUUCGAGCGCUCCGUCGACCGAAUCCCGUUGACGUCGGAGGAUUACGGGCACAUCAACAAGUGCGUGUGCGUUAUGAAGCCCAUUUCCAGGGAGGUGCUGAUCGCCGAAGGUGCGUCCAGCGUCUUGAACUGCUCGGCGCUCUAG